GGUAUAAAGUGGUCUGAGCUUUGCGACCAGUUGGAGCUUUAAUGACCUGUUCUUUCGAUUACCUAACCCAACUUUUAUUGAAGCUAUCGCGAAACCACUUCUUUGUGAGCUUCAUGCCAACUUGUACGGCCAUAGUUCUAAGCUACUUCUUUGGUACGAUGUCUCAUGGAAACUGGUCCAAUAUAGCCAUAUAAAACUUGUGUCUUUCCAAACCUCAACCAAUACCGAUAUCUUUGUUAGCGCCUCGACUACUGUCAUCUUCUAUGCCUCCUGCUGAAGCUUAUAACUGAAGCUUCUAGCUGAAAAGCUCCACCCACAAAAAGAGAUACAGUGUGGCUAUUACAUGCUCUAGAAACAGCAUCAUGUCUAGCAGCGAAAAUGCCCAGAUCGGCCAUGCACUGGUCGAAUUUUCGCUGCAAGGGAUCUUCCCUGAGGAGGAAUUAUCAUCUUGCCGAGUUGCAGUGCAGGAUCUCGCGUCAGCUCUACAAUCCCUGGCCGCGGCGAAGACUAGAUUAGAGUCCAACAUACAACAGAUCAACGAAGAGACCGCCCCAGACGUAAACCAAUGGAUCACUAAUGCGAAAUCCCUCGAGGACGAUGUUAACCGAUCGAGAAGUUGGGCGAACGAUAUUGUACGACGAUCACAAGCCCCAGAUGUAUCAGGCAAAACAAUACAAGAGGCCGAAGAGAAGGUAGAAUUUCUGCGACGGGAAGCCGAAUACAAUCAGCAGGUUCAUCAUGCGUUAAAGAGCAUCAAACAUGUGAACGAGCUUUUAGAUCAAGUUGAACAGGCACGAGAUGAGCGUAGGAUAUUGGAUUCCCUUCAUUUACUAGAGAAAUCUUGGACGGCAUUGGACGCAAUCCCAGUUAGCAAGUCUUGCCGCGUUAUGAAAUUGUUGGACAUGAGGGCUUUUGAGUUGAAGUCUGCAGUCCAUGAUGUGUUUGAUCGCGUCUGGAAUUCCUUGGUACAUAUUGAUACGGAAAACAGACUAGUUACUGUGUACGGGAGCCGUGAAGAUGAGCAAAUGCGAUUAGACGACGCUGUCGUAGGUUUAAAAGCGUAUAAAGAGCUUGACCAGAGGAUGGCCUCGUUUUGGCAUCACCUCGAUGAGGCCAUCGUCGGACCGCGAACUAAUAUCGAGGCUCAUGAGUUACCCAAGAUUCAAAGAACAGAUUCGCAUUUAACUCUGAGUGGGAGCGCAGAUAAAACCAUCACUUCUCUAUUUUCCGAUCUGGACCAAGUAAUGACUUAUCUCUCAGAGCGCUUACCAGAGGAGCUUGUGUACUCGCUCUCUAACGUCAUGAUGCCCGACUUGAUCCCACGAAUUAUUGGCACGUGGUUAGAUAUAGUUGUUCCAGCAUCUCUAGCCGAAAUGGAUGGGUUUCAGCAAGUUACUGAAAUCGUCAGAACAUUUUGCAACCGCCUACAAAAUCUCAAAUUCAACGGAUUCCAGGAACUCCAGGAAUGGGUCGACGACGCACCUAAAGUGUGGUUAUCCAAAUGCCGCGGAACGGCAUUAGAUUCUGUGCGCACAAAACUAGCUCAGGGACUCGGCCAGCCUAAGGAGGUAGAGCGUGUAGAGACUCAGACUGUCUUGAGAUCUGAAGGCAAGGAGUUGGCCGCUAAUGGUGUUACCCCUCGGGCCAAUGAUGACGAUUGGGGCGCAGCUUGGGACGAUGGGGAGGCAGAUGCCAAGCAAGACGUUAGUGCGAAGCCAGAUACAAAUGAAGACGAUGGAACCGAUGCGUGGGGUUGGGGAGAAGACGAUAAUGGUGCUGAAGAGCCCGAAGCGCCCGCUGAACAACCUCAGGCAGAGCCGCCAGCUGAAGAAGACCCUACGGAAGCCUGGGGAUGGGGUGAAGAGGAUGCUGCAAAUGCAGCUCCUGAAGAUCCGGCGGCGGCGGCAGCAGUCCCAUCAAAAGAUUCACAGACUCGCGAGUUGACACUGAAAGAGACCUAUAAUAUCUCUUCCAUGCCAGAACCUGUCCUAGCGCUUGUUUCGGCCGUGCUAGAGGAUGCAGCCUUGCUUCUUGGGGACGAAGCCAAUCCGAUGGCGAAAACCGCCGCAGGCCUCUUCUCGCUUCCAACACUUAUCCUCGCGAUGUUUCGUGCCGUUUCACCAUACUACUACACUCUAAACACAGGCGGCAACAUGUUUCUCUACAACGACGCCACCUACCUCUCAGAGCGACUCUCCGACCUUUCCAAAGCCUGGAAAGUCCGCUCGGACCUAGCUCCCCGGGCAAUCACCAUGCUCCGACUCGACAACGACAUCAAAGCGCUCCAGUCCUUCGCAAACCGGGCCUACACGUCCGAAAUCAGCACGCAGAAGACCGUGCUCCGGGACCUGCUCGGCGGCUCGCAAAACCUGCUUCAGCAAGAUGGGCUCGGCACCUCGGACCUCGAAGCCCAGGUCGACAGCGCGACGGGCCACGUGCGCGCCCUCGCUGCGACAUGGUCGACCAUCCUGUCCAAGUCGGUCUGGAGCCAGGCCGUGGGCUCACUGGUGGACACGCUAGCCGCCAAACUCGUAGCCGACGUCAUGGACCUCGCGGGCAUCGGCCAGGACGAGGCCUACAACAUCGCCAGCCUGAUCGCCCGCAUCACCGAGCUCGACGACUUGUUCCUGCCACCUACUACGGCGGAGAGAGAAAACGCGGUCCCCACGACGGCCGAGUACGCCGCCAGCUGGCUCAGGCUCAAGUACCUCAGCGAGGUGCUGCAGAGCAACCUUCAGGACGUCAGGUUCCUGUGGAUGGAGAGCGAGCUUAGCUUGUAUUUCACGGUGGCGGAGGUCGUCGAGCUGAUCGGCUUGAGCUUCGUGGAUAACGCGAGGACGAGGGAGGUCGUAAGAGAGAUCGAGGCGAAUCCCCGGCCGAGGUAAUGACGGCCGGUGAUGGGACUAGGCGGGUGGGCUAGGGUCUGCGUAGUAUAUACAUCAAUAUUAAUUCGUCUCCAUGGUGUAUUCUGUAAAUCGGUGAAGCUGUUGCUAUGGCAAUACUCAAGUUGGCUGGAUUCAUCUACUUCGUUGAUAUGACGGCUACGUGUUAAGCCAUUCGGACUGCGAAGUUCAAUCGCCGGCUCACCGGCAACAUAUUAACUCCCUAACGUCGUCCAGCCCCGGUCUUCGGACUCGGCUACAAAACCUACCUCUACAUAUGUACAAUUUUACUUACUACCAACCUAGGGACCUAUGUAUGUAAACCAGAAAUGCGGUGAGUUAACUUUCGACGGGGUUAUCCGCCCAAUUCCGACAUACAUUAGUCCGGCCGCGCGUCCCUGACUAAGAUAGGCUAUGCGGGCAAAGCGAAAGAAAGGAAAAGAAAAAAACUCUCCCGUGGGCCGGACGAACAGCAAAUGGACCGAUCGUUGGGGACGAACAUCCCAAUAUACGUGGUGAAGCUUUUGGGAUUAGCCGCUGGGGUUUUUGGUGCCUGGAAUGGGUUCUACGUAUGGAGUCUGUCUGUGGGGGAGCGACGGUCUAGACUCUCUGAGGCGGUUGGGCAAUGUGGUGUGUAGUGGCUGUAGCUCGAUCGCGAUCGGGAUUCUAGCCCUGAUGGAAUGGAGGCUUAAGGCUUGGUGUUCGCUCCGUAGAAAUGAGAUGGCAUGUUCAGAUGUGAGAAAAGAGCCA